AUGACUCCCAAGCGACAGUCAAGCAAGGCGUCGCCCUCGGAUCCGGUCACCCAGCUGGCAGCCGGUCCGGCCGAGGAGCAGCCUGCACUCAACAAAGAUGGCAGCCGACGCAAAUCGCGGGUGCUGCGACGCAAGACCGACCAUUCGGUGAUCGAGAGGCGCAGAAGAGAAAAGAUCAACGAGAAGCUCGUGGCUCUGCAGAACCUUGUGCCUGCGUGUCGCAAAGAAUGCAGGGAUCUGAUCGAGCGCAAGUUCGCCGAAGCAGCCACCUCGGCCCCAUCGGCGAAGCGCAAGCGAGAGGAGGAGAAGCUGGCAAAGGCACAGAUCGAGAUGCAGGAGAAGAUCAAGACGAGCAUGGUUCUCGAGAAGCUCUGCAUCAUCAGCCACACCCUUGACUUUGUCAACCAGCUCCAAGAAGAGAACGAGGCGCUGAGGGCUCUGUGCGAAUGCCAGGCCCAGUCAAAGAGGCGUUUCUCCAUCACCAGUGACGUUGAGAUGGACGAGCACUAUCGCGAUGCCCACAACCUCGAGGCUCCCACCGCUGCCACCUCGAACGGGGAGUAUCGGGAUGGAAAAGCUGCGGAUGAUCAGAAACGGGAGUGUCUCUCGUCGCCGGAGCCGGAUCUGUUGCCAGAGACAGCAUACCGAAACGUCCGACGUCGACUGCAUUGGGGCAGCGACCGUGUCCGUGAGAGCUGCAGUCUUACCGAAGGUGUCUGCCGCCACCACGAGGAUCAGGACGUCAGCCAGGCCGACGAUGUCUUGAGCCACAGAUGUUUGUCGACCUCGUCGCAAGGUGGCUCUACCUCUCCGCCCGCAGCAGACUGCAAGGCCUUGACACUUUCGCCUGGGGGGGAAAGAGAGUGCGGCAGUGUUUCCGGGUGUCGUUCAUCUGUGUGUGGCGACUCUAGCUGCCGGUCAUCCCUCUGGACCAAAGACUCGUCUUGCCGAGAAGAAGAGGCUCUAUCCUCGUCUGCUUCCGACGAGCCUGCGUCGCCGCCGCCCGCUGUGGCCAGCUGGCGUGAGCCUGGCUCGACAUACCGUCAGGCACUUCCGAACAGACACCUUCUUCCUUCCAUACUGCAUCUGGGUCUACCCAAUUGCGAUCCCCACCAUCCGGUGCUAAGGAAAGAGAAUGCCUACUCGAUGCAUCGCAAGUACCCGACUCACCAGCGAGACCUCGCCUCUUCUCGCGCCUUUCGCCCACUCUCGCUCUACACAUCACAGCCAAGCCGCCCACUCAGCUCUAGUACAAGACCUCUGUAG